AUGUCGCCUCCCACAACGGACAGCAGGCUACUAGGCCGUAUCGCUGUGAUAACGGGAGCUUCUUCCGGCUUAGGAAAGGCCACAGCCAUUCGCUUUGCUAAUUCUGGAGCGCGAAUCAUCUGUGCCGAUCUGAAGUCCGCUGGUGUUGAAGACGAAAUCAGCAAGCAGCACGGCAAAGAUAGUGCCACCUUCGUCAGCUGCGAUGUGACUGAUGAGAGUCAGAUCGAGGAUUUGGUCAAGCAGGCUGUCAAGUGGGGCGGAAGACUCGACAUCAUAUGCAAUUAUGCUGGCGUCGCAGUGGAGACUAGCCACGCCAUGCAGACUCGCUGCGAUAGCCUGCCUACCAAGGACUUUGACUGGGCGAUGUCGAUCAACUGCCGCGGUGUCUGGCUGUGUUGCAAGUACGCUCUGAAGCAGAUGCUCGCCCAGGAACCUCGCGAGCCAAAUGCACGAGGCGAGCGGACAAGAGGCUGGAUUGUCAAUGCCGCAUCGAUGGCAGGCCUCAUUGCGCUGAACAACACUCCAGUCUACACAGCUUCGAAGUUUGCCGUUGUUGGCAUGACCAAGCAGAUGGCGCUGGACUACGCGCAAGAUCGCAUCCAUGUUAACGCAUUGUGUCCGGGCUUCGUUGAGAGUCCCAUGAUUCAGCAUUUCACCGAUGAUGCGGCGAACAAAGCGCAGCUGGCGAGCAGACACCCCUGGAACUCGCUAGGCAGGCCGGAAGAUAUUGCGGAUGCGGCGUUGUUCCUCUGCAGUGACGAGUCGGCCUGGAUCACCGGUCACUCGUUAGUAAUUGACGGUGCUUAUACUUGUGGUUGA